GCUUCCAUCCUCGGGACCACCACGCGCAGGUCUUCGUUCCGCUUUGCCUGAACGGGCGGGUCUCCACAUAAUUGAAUGGAUGUGCGAAGAGGGAAGGAGACGCCCCUGGGAGAGGGUCUGGAACGUUUGACGUGCGGUCGCGUUUUAUGACUUGUGGGGGGGCUUCGUUGUGUUUGGUUGGGGCUUUGUUUCGGCGUUCGGGGAGUUUGGGUGGGCGUUGGGCGGUGACGAGCGGACUUUGUGAGAGGGAUGGGCGGGCGGUAUUUGAGGGCUGGUGUCCCGUGGUGGAUUUGCUCUUCUCCCUUUUUCGAUUCUCUGGUUAGGACGUAUACGUUCUGGAAGGAUAUAUUUGCACUGCACGACUUUGAGAUUGUAAAGGGUUCGUGCUACGUCACCCACACAACGCCACACCAUACACAACCAUACACAACCAUUCAUACCACAACUAUCUGUUCAUUGGGGAACAACUUGAAGAAACAUACCGCCACAUCUGUCAAGCACAACGGGAAUUACUCAAAAUGCCACUCCUCCGCAGCCUCACCACAAAACUCAAGACCAAACUCACAAUCUCACCUCCCGCAUCGCCCACAACAUCGCCCUCGGGCUCAACAAGCAGCUUCGAGAACCUCGGCGGCGAGCGCAAGACGUGGCGCCCGCAGAGCCACAUCCAGAGUCCCACCUACACUCACGGCCAGAACCGGAACCAGGACGCGGGCAGCAGUGUAGAGAGCUUCAACAAUGACAAGAGCUUUGGACAGCAAAAGAGGCCGCAGAGCCGGCGCGCGGAUACGGGGAGUAGCGAGCUGAGCUUCGGAUGCGUGGGGAUUGAUGCGCGGGUUGCCGUGGAGGAGUUAGAGAAGGUGCGCGUGGGGAGGGAGGAGAGGAGGAGGAGUAAAU